GCCAGUAAAGCUUCCUCUGGUUCCUAUCAAUGAUUCACCUCCAGAAAUAAGAAUGAAAGUGUUUAUAAACUCACACUGGCAUGGUGCAGUACUGUGGCUAUUUUUAAAUACCUAGAUUAGAGUAUUACCGUGUUACCGCCCACUCCUAAUACAGGGUGAUUCUCAGUUUCAUGGUCAAAAAAUGGAUGAGCAAUAAAUGUUGUUUUUUGUUUUUUUUUUCCAUGGGUGGUUUAUCCUGUACUGAGUGACCUCUGAUACCACGACCCAGUUGUAGUCCCUGUACUCCACUGAUGACACAUCAAAUCUCAGAAUGAUACGAGUCGGCGGUACGAGAACAAGGCUGGAGCGUUCAUCACAGGGAUUGAUGUCAACUCAAAGGAGGCGAUCGAGAGGAAAGAGAAGCGAGCGAGGCGUUUCCACUUCUGUGCUGAGGAGAGUUUCGCUCAGAGGAACGUCUACCUGGACAAAGACAUGAUGAAGAAAGCCAUCCCCAGAGUGCGCUUGGAAGCGAUCCAUGUGACGGGCGUGGACGAGAUGAGCACUCAGGACGUGUUUGGCUAUUUCAAAGAAUAUCCUCCAGCACACAUCGAGUGGAUCGACGACACUUCCUGUAACGUGGUGUGGCUGGAUGAUGACACGUGUAUCCGAGCUCUCAUUAACAGCAGCCGGAUGCCCGACCCAGAGACGGUUAGCACGGAGACGCAGGGUAGCGAUGAGCCGGGGAAGCAGAGUACAGGUCGCCGGGGGCAACGCUCAGAUGAUGAGGAUGAUGAUGAUGAAGAGGAGGAGGGAGAGGUGGACGACGACGAUGAUGAUGAGACAGGGAAGAAGAGCAGCGAGGAGGUAGAGGUGAAAGACGGUGAGGACGAGAAAAGGAAGGCAGAGCACGGACAGAUGGACGACCUGUCGGGGGCGGAGAGAGAGUCACUGGUGAGGAACGAGCUCCGACCCGCCAUCAGACCGUUCAAAGGAAACAAGCUCUUCCUGCGCUUCGCUACACAAGACGAUAAGAAGGAGCUGGGCGCAGCACGGCGCAGCAGAUACUACAUGAAGUAUGGAAACCCGAACUAUGGAGGCAUGAAGGGGAUCCUCAGCAACUCCUGGAAGAGGAGGUAUCACAACCGGAGGAUCCAGAGAGACGUCAUCAAGAGUAAGAAGCCUCUGAUUGGAGACAGUAUGGGACACACGCCGCCGUACACGCACAGACACUCGGCUGACCUGGUCAACCUGCCUGAGGAGCCAAUCAAAGAGGAGGAGGAGGAGGAGGAGGAGGACGAAGACGAGCAGGAAGAUGACGGAGACGAGGACAUGGACUCGGACGACCGUGUGGUGGAGUACAGAGAGCGAGCUGAGCGGGACAGAGGAGAGCGAGGUGGAAGCGGGUCGAGGGUGUUGGGGGCGGGGCUUCGCAGCAGAGCAGAGAGAUCCCCGUCUCCGUGGUCAGAGUCCGACGAGAUGGACUACGACCUGGAGCUGAAGAUGAUCUCCACGCCGUCGCCGAAGAAGAGCAAGAAAAUGACAAUGUACGCCGACGAGCUGGAGACGCACCUGAAGAGCAUCAGGAACAGGAUCGGUGUGUCAGGGUCACAGAGCCGACCCAAAUCCUCGUCACCCACCAAAGUAAUGGACGUCCGUCAGCUGCUGGAAGAGAAGAGACAGGGCCUCUCUCAGCACAGACAGGCCCCUCCUGUGGCCCCCAGUGGGAAGACAGAUGUUCGGCAGCGGUUGGGGAAGAGACGAUAUUCCCCCGACAGACGACGCUCCCCCUCCCCUGUCUCCCCUAGAGAUAGAGACACGCCUCCAGUCAGAGAGCCAAUCAGAGAUGUUCACCGCAGACUGGGCGUGGCCAGCCAGGACAGCAGAGGGAUUUACUCUAACUCGUCCAAAGACAGAAAAACAGGCGGGCUCUGGAGCAGACUCGGAUCAGCUGAUGACGACAGCACCUCCGGACGUCAGGAGCGCCGGACGACAAGCCACUCAUCUGGACUGUUCACCUCCUCAGCUAGGAAGAACUCCAGCGACGCCGGCAGCGGCAGCAGCAGCAGCAGGAGAAGACGAGGAGGCGGGGAGGACGAAGACGAUGAAGGGGAGGAGGAGGAGGAAGACGACUCCACGCUGCAGAAGAUGUGGGGCGCCAUGAUCAAACAGAAACAAGAGCGACAGACGCACAAGCUGAAGAAGAGCCGGCUGGACAACCUGCCGUCGCUGCAGAUCGAGAUCAGCCGAGACAGCAGCGACGACUCGGACGGCUGAGAUGGG